GGUGGUUUCGCCAAGGUCAAAAUAAUUGUGAAACGUCGUUGCCGCCGCCGUGCCAAUGUACAGAUAACGAAAUAUUUUAUGCACUGUCUUAACAUAAUAUAAUAUACUACUCCUCACACGCUUAAAUUUCACGUACCGAUAGCGCCCACACGCGCUCCCACUUCCAUCGCGUCACACCCGCAGACCACAGUUACUCCGCCGCGCAAUGGGUCAUCAGCCGACGUACGUCUUGUGGCCGUUGGCCACCACGGUCUGCCUAGUCGCUUUUCUGGCCACGUGCCCCGUGUUGGCCGUCGGUUGGCCGGUGGACAGCAGUUUUUACGAUGAGAUCAAGCGCGUAGUGUACGGCGGUGGCGAAACCGUCGACGACUCCGGUGCGACCGCCACUGAAUCGUCGCCACUUCCGCCGCUGUCAUUGCCGUUGUCGUCACAGGACAUAAAUAGGCCCCAAGAAGUAGAAGGAUGGCCAAGGAGCCCGAUACCUCGCCUCGGACAAGUGAGCGGGGUGGCGAUAAACACGGUCGGACAACCUGUGAUUUUCCAUCGGGGAAGCCGUGUCUGGGACGAGAAUUCGUUCAACGAUACGUUCCACUUCCAACACAUAGAGGAAGGUCCCAUUUUAACAAACACCAUCGUCACGCUGAGUCCGAAAACCGGCGAGGUUUUAUCUAGCUGGGGAGCCGGUUUCUUCUACAUGCCCCACGGCAUCACAAUAGAUCACCAGGGGAACGUGUGGGUCACAGAUGUGGCCAUGCAUCAAGUGUUUAAGUUUUCGCCCGGAGCUCCCAGAGCGUCGUUAACCUUUGGCAAGAGAUUCGAGAACGGCAAAGGAUACAGGACAUUGUGCCAACCUACUUCUGUGGCCAUCGCUUCGACCGGUGACAUUUUCAUUGCUGACGGAUACUGCAACUCUAGAGUCUUAAAGUACACAAGCAGAGGAGAGUUGCUGCGAGUUUUUCCUCACGCCAACGAAUUUCUUAGCCUUCAAGUACCUCACAGCGUGGCGUUGCUCGAACAACACGACCUCGUCUGUAUUGCUGACCGCGAAGAUAUGAGAGUCGUGUGCAGGGGAGCCGAGCUUUCGACAGAACGCAAAGAACAGGCCCCGUUAACGAUUCAACAGCCAGACUUGGGACGGGUGUUCGCGAUAACCAAUCACGGUGAUUUUAUUUACGCCGUCAAUGGACCUACAUCACCUCUGAUACCGGUACGAGGAUUUACCAUAAACCCUAUGACCGAGAAUAUUGUCGAUCAUUGGACACUAUCGAAAAAUUCAGCCAUCAAAGUGCCGCACGACAUAGCCAUUUCGAAGGACGGUUCGUCGUUGUACGUAGCUUCAGUCAGUCCGAACCGCAUAAUGAAAUACACGAUGGCACCAGUUACUCCAUUGAAAUCGGAAUAAUUAUCAAAAUUCGAAAUACCUAUUCUACACGCAAAACUAUACACAAUAACAAUAUUUAUUUUAUUUCAUAGAAUUAGGUCAAGAUAUUAUAUUCAUUAUUUGAUUAUUGAUUAAUGAA